AUGUCAUUUAUAAGUCGGGAAUUAUUUUGUCUUUUAGCUCCACUAGAAUCUCUUCGUUCCAGUGAUAUCAAAGGUAUUACAUCGAUCGAAGAACUUAAAAAAGCUAAACUUGAUGAUCAUCUAAGUCAAUAUUGUCUUGGAGAAUAUAAACCAGCUAUUAUUACUGAUAAUUUAUUUAGUUUUUUUCGUUUUACGGAUAAACAAGCUUAUCUUAUUAUUAUUGACAAACAAUCUGAUUCAAAUUCUGAAUUAGGACGAUAUAAUUUCUAUGGUUUAUUAGAUACUUAUGGUAAAGGUAAAAUAGUUGCAUCUUGUACAACACUUUCAACGGAAAAAAUUAAAAAAAGUAUUAAUUUAACAAAUGUAAUAAUAACUCAAGGUCAAGCAUUUAUACUUGAACUUUGUCAAUUUCAUACAGACUAUGAUGAAUCUCAAGAUUGGUGGAUGCGUGAUCCUAUCUAUGAAAUUAUACUUUCGUCUUAUCAAGAUUCUAAUAAUGAUGGUAUUGGUGAUAUACAAGGAUUAAGACAACGUCUUGAUUAUAUUCAAUCAUUAGGUAUGAAAACAAUUUGGCUUACACCAAUAUAUCCAUCACCAUGGAAAGAUUAUGGUUAUGAUAUAUCAAAUUUUUGUGAUAUUGAUUCACGUUUUGGUACAUUAGAUGAUUUUCGUGAAUUAAUAAAAGAUCUUCAUUCUCGUCAUAUGCGUAUUAUUAUUGAUUUUGUUCCAAAUCAUACUGCAAAUACACAUCUAUGGUUUCAAGCAGCACUUCGUAAUGAUCCAAAUUAUAUUGAUUAUUAUAUAUGGCAUGAAGGUAAAAAUAAUGGAAAAGAUCUGCCAACAAAUUGGGUUGGUGCAUCAGGUCAACAUAUGUGGACAUAUUCACCAGAACGAAAAAUGUAUUAUUUACAUCAAUUUCUGGAUAGUCAACCUGAUCUAAAUUUUCGUAAUGAAAAAGUUAUGGAAGAAAUGAAAAAAAUUCUUCGUUUUUGGCUUGAUAUGGGUGUAGAUGGAUUUCGUGCUGAUGCUGUACGUCAUCUCAUAGAGAAUGAUCAAUUUCGUGAUGAACCUCUUUCGAAAAAUGCAAAAGAUUCUGAUCCAGAAGUAAUGUAUGAUGCCUAUGAACAUACAGAAACAGCUGAUCAACCCGGUAGUUAUGUUCUUGUACGACGAUGGAGAAAAUUCUUUGAUGAAUAUGCUUAUGAAAACAAUCGAGAUUAUAUUUUUCUAGCUACUGAAGCCUAUGCUCAAGAUAUUAAAAAAGUUAUGGAACAUUUUGCUCUUAAUCGUGAAGAACUUGGUUCAGAUGUAUCAAUUAAUUUUUUAAUAACAUAUUAUCUUGAUAAGGAAGAUGAUGAAAAACAUGGUUUAGCAUUAGAUAAACAAUUAUCCGAAUGGCAUUCAAAUUUACCUGAUCAUGCUUGGUCAAAUUGGUGUUUAGGUAGUCAUGAUAGUCGUCGAAUAGCUACACGUCUUCCACAAAAAGAACUUAUUGAUGGAUUCUAUAUGUUACUUCUUUUACAAUCCGGUACAGCCUUAGUUUAUUAUGGCGAUGAAAUUGGCAUGUUUGAUCGUCCAUUUAAACUUGAACAUCGUGAAGAAUUUCUUGAUAUAACUGCAUUUAAUUAUGGAGAUAAACAUGCUGAAGAAAAAACACGUGAUUGUCAACGUACACCAAUGCAAUGGACAGAUCAAUUACCAUAUGCUGGUUUUACUUCUGGUACAAGUAAACCAUAUCUUCCUUUAUCGGAUACAUGGCAUGAAGUAAAUGUUGAACAACAAGAAAAAGCAACACGUUCUCAUCUUAAACUUUUUCAACAACUAGUUAAACUUCGUCAACAAUCACCUUUUUAUGGUGGUAAUCAAAAAAAAGUUAUUUCAACAAAAGAAUUAUAUGCUUUUAUACGUUGGCUUGAUACAAAUGUUUUUCUAAUUGUUAUUAAUAUGAAUAAAAUAGGUCAGAAUCCGGUUACUACUGAUUUUAUGAAAUUAUUGAAGUAUAAAGACAAAGAAUUACUUGGAGAAAUUGUUGCAAGAUCAUGUAAUGUGUUGGACGAUUCUCCGAAUGGUAAAGAAGGAAAUCAAAUCAACUUAAAUAAAUUAAUAUUACAAUCAAGUGAAGCUAUUGUAGUCAAAUUACAAGCUUCUGCACAUGAUAUCCCUUUCUGUCGACCAUAA